GCACUUUACCAAAUGGAUUGGAAAAACACUUUCGAGAAGGCUGGAAGUUUGUCCAAAUUGGCUUUCACCGCCUUGAAAAACGCUCAACAAAAGAUCGAUGCUGUUUUAGACAUCGAGCUAAAUAGUGACAUCACUCCACCAGCUUCACUACUCGCAGAAUCGAAACAUCUAGAAGAACCUCGGCGCACUUUUGAUGGGCUGGAUGUAACUCAUUCCUCUUUCGUUAACAAUGAUGCAUUUUUUCCGGACGACGACACUCGUAUGCAGUUAGAUCCGAUCAGUCCAAAUACAAAGGAUUGCGCGGAUAGAUCUGCAUCGAAAUCCGAUUUUUUACUGACAGAAACCCCUCUCCGAAUCCCAACCACACACCCCGCACUUCGACCCGAUGUGAUCUCGUUGUCAGCGACUUCCAUUCCCACUUCUCCAAAGGGGAUUCCCGUAUCUUCAUCUAGUCCUUCAAUUGAAACUGUUUCAACUGUCACUCUAGAGUCCACCCAUCUCGAUCGAUCUUGCUCCGAGACUGAUUUGACAUGCCUGAAGACGUGCACACUCGGUAACAUCGCACACCACAAAACACCACGCACCGAUGCAGAGUUGGACCUGGAAACGACCACCACAGGAUCUGACAUCGAAGUUAUGUCCUGUGGGAAUUCCACCAAUGGGGAUUCCCUUCACCUUUCCCACCAGCUUUCGCAUCAGCAGAGCCCACUGACACAUGCGAAGGAGGUUGGAGACUUCGGCUCAUCUUUUGGACCACAUGCAUGCACGAAAUAUUUCUCAAACUCUUUGGCUGGUCGCCACGCCCUUUCCCCAGUUAGCGAAAUGUAA